AGUCCGUCUUGUCCAUUUACCGUUUUGCCCCCAUAGCUUGUUACCACCUCAGCCUUCCAACUCCGGUUUCUAUGAUCCAGCCCUUUGCCUCCUUUUCCUUCGCCUUCAGGAAACCCUAACCCGAGGUCUUCGUCGAUCGAUCGAUUCCCUUGAAGCAUCCGCCAUGGGAAACACUGAGAAGCUGAUGAACCAGAUCAUGGAGCUCAAGUUCACAUCCAAGAGCCUGCAGAGGCAGGCGCGCAAGUGCGAGAAGGACGAGAAGGCCGAGAAGCUCAAGGUCAAGAAGGCGAUCGAGAAGGGCAACAUGGACGGCGCCCGGAUCUACGCUGAGAAUGCCAUCCGCAAGCGCACGGAGCAGAUGAACUACCUCCGCCUAGCCUCCCGCCUCGACGCCGUCGUCGCCCGUCUCGACACCCAGGCCAAGAUGCAGGCCAUCGGUAAGUCCAUGGGCUCCAUCGUCAAAUCCCUCGACUCCGCUCUCGCCUCCGGCAACCUCCAGAAGAUGUCCGAGACCAUGGACCAGUUCGAGCGGCAGUUCGUCAACAUGGAGGUCCAGGCUGAGUUCAUGGAGGGCGCCAUGGCCGGAUCCACCAGCCUCUCCACCCCCGAGACCGAGGUCAACAGCCUUAUGCAGCAGGUUGCGGACGAUUAUGGCCUUGAGGUCUCCGUCGGGCUUCCGCAGGCCGCAUCACAUGCCAUCCCUGCCAAGGAGAAGGAGAAGGUCGAUGAGGAUGACCUCUCGAGACGCCUCGCAGAACUCAAGGCCAGGGGUUAGUAGUUCUCACAAGGUGACCUCUCUCUCUCUCUCUCUCUCUCUC